AUGAAUAUUUUUAGAGGCAAAACCGACCAAAAUCUUUACAAGUUUCUGAAGUUGAAGAACAACCUCAGCUGCAUCCUAGUCAGUGAUCAGGAAGCUGAUAAAUCUUCUGUAUGCCUCAGCGUAGAAGUUGGCAGUGUUAUUGAAAGUAAAGACUGGCAAGGCCUAGCUCAUUUCUGAGAGCACAUGCUAUUCCUUGGGACAGAGAAAUAUCCAUCAGAGAGUUACUAUUCCAAGUUCAUUACUGAGCAUGGUGGAAGCAAGAACGCAGCUACAAGUUUUACAAAUACAUAUUACUACUUUGAUGUAGCCAAUGACCAUCUUGAAGAAGCUACAGAUAUCUUCAGUCAGUUCUUUAAGCAGCCAUUAUUUGACGAAUCCUGUGUUGACAGAGAAAUCAACGCGGUUGAUUCUGAGUUUAGGAAAAACUACCAGAACGAUUACAGAAAAGCAUUGCAGGUCAUGAAGUAUCACGGAUCUGAGCAGAUGAGUAAUUAUAGCAAAUUCCAGACUGGUAAUCUGGAUACCCUCGGAAAACCAGGUGUUAGAGAUGCACUUAUGGACUUUCAUAGCAAAUAUUAUUCAAGCAACUUGAUGAAUGUUUGCAUCGUUGGAAAUGAAUCCCUUGAAAAUCUUGAAAAAAUUGCCAUUGAGAAUUUUGAAAACAUUGAAGACAAAGAUAUUGAACUAGGAGAUAGAUCAAUGCCUCACCCUUAUCCUCCAGAAUAUCGUAGAAAAAUGCAUAAAAUAGUUCCAACAAAGGAUAUCAGAGAGCUUGAAUUAAAAUUCAUUCUCCCAUCAACAAAGAAGAUGUAUAAUUGUAAGCCAGGGAGUUAUAUCUCUCAUGUCUUAGGGCAUGAGGGCAAGGACUCCUUGCUCUCCUUCCUAAUUCAGGAAGGACUUGUAACUGAAUUGGUUGCUGGCAACAAUCACAUCCUUGAAGCAUGUGAUGAGUUUAGCAUCUCAAUCAGCCUCACACAGAAGGGUGAGGAGGAAGUUGAAAAAGUUAUCAAGAUCAUAUUCUCUGCUAUCAAUGAGCUUAAAGCAACUAAGCCCGAGAAAUUUGUUUUUGAUGAAAUGGUGGCAAUGAACAAGAUCAAUUUUGAUUACAAAUCUAGGCAAAAUCCAAUCUCUCUAGCUAAAUCACUCGCUUGAAGAAUAAACAAACUGGUAUCUCGUGGCAUUGAUAUGGAAUACUUACUGUACUACCCUUACAUGCUUGAAGAAUUUGAUGAGCAGGCUAUACAAGAUAAGUUGAAUGAAAUGACUCCAGAGAACCUGAUAAUGGUCUACAUUUCCAAGGCUCAUGAAGGCAAGACAGACCAAAUUGAGAAAAUCUAUGAUACUCCUUUCUCUACAGAAGAAAUUGACCCAGGAUUUCUUGAGGAGCUUUCAUCUAUUUCUUUUGACCAAAUCGGAGAAUCCAGCCUUGAGAACUCCCACCUUGGAUUUUAUCAGAAUGAAUUCAUUCCAUAUAAUGCUCAGCUGCUAGAUGAAGUGGAGGAACAGCCAGUUAUAAAGAUAAACCUAGAAGAAGGUGACAGGAUGUAUUCAAAAAUAUAGUUUCUUAAGUGUCAACUUAGA